GGUGCUUAGCGGGCGCCCGGCGGGGGGCCGCUCGGCAUGGCCCGGGCCCUGCUGGUGCUGCUGCUGGCCUGCGCCUGGCUGUGCCCGCGGCCGGCGCGGUGCCCGGAGGCCCCGCACACCCCCGACUGGCGGAUGACGCUCAAGACCAUCCGCAACGGGGUGCAUAAGAUCGACGUGUACCUCAACGCGGCCCUCGACCUGCUGGGCGGCGAGGACGGGCUCUGCCAGUACAAGUGCAGCGACGGAUCAAAGCCCUUUCCUCGUUAUGGAUAUAAACCUUCACCACCGAAUGGUUGUGGAUCCCCUUUAUUUGGAGUUCAGUUUGACAUCGGCAUCCCUUCGAUGACAAAGUGCUGCAAUCACCAUGACAGAUGCUACGAUACUUGUGGCAAUAAAAAAAAUGAUUGUGAUGAGCAGUUUCAGUCCUGCCUCUCCAAAAUUUGCAGAGAUGUCCAGAAAACACUUGGAAUCUCAGAGAGCGUCCAGGCUUGUGAAUCAACUGUUCAGCUGUUGUUUGAUGCCGUUAUACAUUUGGGAUGCAAGCCAUACCUGGAUAGCCAGAGAGCUGCGUGCAUGUGCCGUUACGAGGAUAAGACAGAUCUCUGAAAGAAGAUACUGAGACCUCAUGGUAUAAAGUCAAAGACUCAGCUGGAAUGAAGCAAUAUUUGGUUACAAAGCUUCACGCUUUUCAGACAGUAAUGUAUUAAACACUGAUGUGAAUAUAUGGGUUUGAAAGUUGCUAUCAUAUUCUUCCAAGUGUAAAAAAGAGCCAAGUCUUCCUUCUCUUCCCCUUUAUGCCAGAAGCUUGGAAACUGAAAUUAGUUUCCUUUGGUGGAUGUCUGCUCAGGGUAUGCUAUCAAAAAACACUAGUGCCAUUAUAAAGUUUAACUCCAUGGUGGAGAAAUCAGAGCCACAGAAGAGUUGUACUGAAUUUUCAGAUCAUUUUUAAUAUAGGUCAAAUUUUAGGUUUACUAGCAGCGGAUACAUCAGAUAACGCACACAAAAUGCUCUUUCCUAUUGGAUCUAUUACAGCCUAUUUAAUAGCCUGUACUUUCAUGCUGCUAUUGGUACAGUUGCUUUCAGUUCUCUCUGAUGUAUCCUGUCCCAUGGUUUUGUUUCAAAAAAAAAAAAAACCAACAAACAAAACCCCCUAACCCUUAGCAAGGGUAUACGUCUGCACUGCAUAUUUCUACUUGAUUCUGUAUCAGCCUUACUUCUGCAGCACUUUUCAGAUCAAAUAUGUUGAUUCUUUUAAGGCUCAAACACUAAAAUGAACAGUUUGCAACCGAAGGAUAUACUUUUGAUUUGACAAAAUGGUGGAAUGUAGUUGCUAUGUUAUUUUUAAAAUGAAUCAAAUGUUUAUUUUUCAAAUAAAACAUUUUGUCUUGUGUAUUAUAUGCAUAGAAAGGAUAUAUUGUUCAAAGAAGUUGAUUUAUAUUUGUCUCAUGGCACAACUUGGUUACUGUAUUCAUCUUUGCUUUCAUAUAGUCCAUUCUGAUGAAACGUAAAAGAAGGUUUUAUUUAAAUUUUUAUUUCAAAUGCCCUCUGUGAGGCUGACAGAUAUUUGAGCCUGUAUUUCUCUCAUCUGUUCCCAUGACCUCUGUGAGGCUGAGAAACAUCUGAGCCUGUACUUCAGUCAUCUGUUCCCUCUCUGGCUUCUCUCGCUGAAGUCACCUGAUGUCUGAAUUAUUUGGGGUUUGCUCUCUAUACUGAUCUUUCAUUGCUGACCUCCAGUUGUCAGACCUUGGUUAACUUUUGCAUUGGGUCCUCUAUCAUAAAGAUUUUGAUUUGCUCUCCUGGUGCCCUGAUUCUGCCUUAGAAAUCCACAGGAGGAGAGGACUGAAAAUUAAAAUAUUGCAUCUGUGAACAGGGAGUAGAAACCACGCUAAAAGCUUGAAAUUUACCAGAUUCAUGCACUAUAAUGUGAUUUCUUCUCUGGAAGUACUUUUAUAUGUUUGGUUUUUUUCUUUAACUGUUGUUUGUGGUAUUUUUGUUUUGUUUUUCACUAGAGCUUACUGUACCUGACACUGAAUGUAAGUGCCACAGAGAAUAAAGGUUCUGCUAAAGUUC